CGCUCGCUCCCUCCCUCCGCCGGUGGGUUAGUCAGUCAGUCCGCCAGCAGCCCGCGGGCCAGCGAGCCGCAGAGGGCCGAGCCUCGGACGCCGGCGCCUCCUCCUGCCAUUGUUCGUCUGGCGGCUGCAGAGGCGGGCGCGGGAGCCCGGGCCCCGGAGCCACCGCAACAUCAUGACAACAGAGAAGAGUUUAGUGGCUGAGGCUGAAAAUCCACAGCACCAACAACAGAAGGAAGAGGGUGAGGGAGCCACAAACUCGGGUCAACAGGAAACUCAGCUGGAAGAGGCUUCUCAAGCAGCAGCCGAGGGAGAUAAUCAGUGUGAGCAGAAGCUAAAAACAUCUAAUGGAGACACUCCAACACAUGAAGACGUGACCAAGAACAAGGAGCGGACAUCAGAAAACAGGGGCCUGUCACGGCUGUUCUCCUCUUUUCUCAAAAGGCCUAAAUCUCAGGUUUCUGAGGAAGAAGGCAAAGAAGUAGAGUCAGCUAAAGAGAAAGGUGAAGGAGGUCAGAAGGAGAUAGAAUUUGGAGCCAGUCUUGAUGAAGAGAUCAUUUUAAAGGCCCCAAUUGCAGCUCCUGAACCUGAGCUCAAAACAGACCCAUCCUUGGAUCUUCAUUCAUUAAGCAGUGCAGAAACACAGCCUGCUCAGGAAGAACCCAGAGAAGAUCCAGAUUUUGAGACUAAGGAAGGAGGAGGACUUGAAGAGUGCUCUAACAUAGAAGUAAAAGAAGAAAGUCCUGAAUCAAAAGCAGAAAGAGAAUUAAAAGCUUCCCAGAAAUCGAUCAGAAGACACAGAAACAUGCAUUGUAAGGUUUCUUUGCUGGAUGACACAGUUUAUGAAUGUGUUGUCGAGAAACAUGCUAAGGGACACGAUUUACUUAAACGAGUAUGUGAACACCUCAAUCUUUUGGAAGAAGACUACUUUGGUCUAGCCAUUUGGGAUAAUGCAACCUCUAAGACAUGGCUGGAUUCUGCCAAGGAAAUAAAAAAGCAGGUUCGUGGUGUCCCUUGGAAUUUCACAUUUAAUGUAAAGUUUUAUCCACCUGACCCAGCCCAGUUAACAGAAGAUAUAACAAGGUAUUAUUUAUGUCUUCAACUUCGGCAGGACAUAGUUGCAGGACGUCUGCCCUGUUCCUUUGCAACCUUAGCGUUAUUAGGUUCUUAUACCAUCCAGUCUGAGCUGGGAGACUAUGACCCAGAACUCCAUGGUGCGGAUUAUGUUAGUGAUUUUAAACUGGCCCCAAAUCAGACCAAGGAACUUGAAGAGAAGGUCAUGGAACUGCAUAAAUCAUAUAGGUCCAUGACUCCAGCUCAGGCUGACCUGGAAUUUCUUGAGAAUGCCAAAAAGUUAUCUAUGUAUGGUGUCGACCUUCAUAAAGCAAAGGACUUGGAGGGAGUGGAUAUCAUCCUAGGUGUCUGCUCUAGUGGCCUUCUGGUAUAUAAAGAAAAGCUGAGAAUUAAUCGCUUUCCUUGGCCCAAAGUGCUGAAGAUUUCUUACAAACGUAGCAGCUUUUUCAUUAAGAUUCGGCCUGGAGAGCAAGAACAGUAUGAAAGUACCAUCGGAUUCAGACUUCCCAGUUACCGAGCAGCUAAGAAAUUAUGGAAAGUCUGUGUAGAGCAUCACACAUUUUUCAGACUGACAUCUACAGACACCAUUCCUAAAAGCAAAUUUCUUGCCUUGGGAUCCAAAUUUCGAUACAGUGGCCGAACUCAGGCUCAGACCAGGCAAGCUAGUGCUCUGAUUGACAGGCCUGCCCCACACUUUGAGCGUACGGCAAGCAAACGGGCAUCCCGAAGCCUUGAUGGAGCAGCGGCUGUUGAUUCAGCAGACCGAAGUCCUCGGCCCACCUCUGCACCAGCCAUUGCUCAGAGUCAGGCCGCAGAAAGCAGCGUCCCAGGUGCACCUGUCAAAAAAGCAGUGGUUUCUAAAGCACCGGAGGAAACAGUGCAGGUUGAAGUGAAAAAGGAAGAGGCACCACCUGAGCAACCUGAGCCAGAGCCCACAGAAGCGUGGAAGAAAAAGAGAGAGAGACUAGAUGGUGAAAACAUUUAUAUCAGACAUAGCAAUUUAAUGUUGGAGGAUUUAGAUAAAAGUCAAGAAGAGAUCAAAAAACAUCAUGCCAGCAUCAGUGAGCUGAAAAAGAACUUCAUGGAAUCUGUACCAGAACCACGGCCUAGUGAAUGGGAUAAACGCUUAUCCACUCACUCUCCCUUUCGAACACUUAACAUCAAUGGGCAAAUCCCUACAGGAGAAGGAAAUAUAAAUGGCAUUCGCACAGAGGAGGUGGCUGCCAUGACCAAGGGGCCAUCUACCAACCCUGACUCUGAAUGGGAGGGUCCCAAGCAUUCAGUAAUUUCUAGUAAGAGCCAAAUGACCACCCCGUCGGAGUCUCCACAAAACUUUGACUUUGGCUCCCUCUCCAUAAGCAGCAAGGAGACAGAAGAGAAGGAGCAGGGGGCAACUGGCUAUCUUGGUAUUAAGGAAGUGCCGAGAGGUCCAAGUGGGGAAUGCGUAAGAGUGGAGGAACAGGCCAGUGCCUUAAAGUCCUCCAUACCACCAGCUUCCCCUCAGCUGCAACUUGGUGAAAAAAAGGCAGAGAGUAGUGAAGAACAUGUUACACCAGCAGAGCCUGUUGGAAAGCAAAAUGGAUCAUUUCUUGACUCUCGUGUGGGUAACCAGUUCCCCACCCUCAUUCGAAGUUUCCAGCCUCCCCUGGUGAAGACUCAGACUGUCACCAUCUCAGACACUGCCAAUGCUAUGAAAAGUGAAAUUCCAACCAAAGAUGUCCCUAUUGUCCACACUGAGACCAAGACCAUCACUUAUGAGGCUGCCCAGACUGACGACAGCAACGGGGACUUGGACCCGGGAGUCUUGCUGACAGCUCAGACCAUCACAUCUGAGACCACCAGCAGCACCACCACAACUCAAAUUACCAAGACUGUAAAAGGUGGGAUUUCAGAGACCCGGAUUGAAAAGAGAAUUGUGAUCACAGGAGAUGCUGAUAUUGACCACGAUCAGGUCCUCGUACAGGCCAUCAAGGAGGCAAAGGAGCAGCACCCAGACAUGUCAGUGACCAAGGUGGUCGUCCAUCAGGAAACCGAAAUCUCUGAGGAGUGAGCUCAGGAACUGUCCUACCCUCCCCCCUCACCCGACUCCCUGCCCAUCUCCCAUCCCAGAGAAAACCAGCGGAAUGAUUAAGAAGCUAACCUGCAGUAGUCAGACUUCAGACUUUUAAGAUGAUUCUAAACCACCAGAAAAUCAAUUUCAUUUUCUAUUUGGAGUUUAUACCAAGAAGGUCUUCUAGAUAUCACUGGUCCUUUUGAAUACCUUUUUCUAUAUUGUGAUACCAGAAAUUGUUCAGCUUUUCACUCUACAGACUGUUUUUAAAGAGUCUUUUGUUUUUUUAUGGGGUGCUUUGUAACCCCUUCAGCCCAGCCUCUCCCCAUUUAUACUGACAGGGUCCACAGCAUUCUUUGGGAAAUCCUCCAGUGACUCUGUCAGCUGUGUUGGGAGACAAAGCCAGCUUAAUGGGGCUUCCCUGCUCCUCCCCUAGUUUAUACCCUUUAGAUGACAGCAGAAAUUUCAUAAACCAGCCCUUUCUCAGAGCCAAUGAUGUAACUUUACUAGAAUGUCAGGCAGGGUGGCUGCCCUGAUCCAUAGGCCCCAGGAAAAAACGUCCCUGUCCCUUUGCUGAGGGUGGUUUGGUGAGGCAGAGACCUCUGCUAAGAAUGUAGUAUUGUUUUCCUUCCUCUCUCCUUUUUUUUUUUUUUUUUUUUUUUGGAGCUUCUUUAGAUCAAAGACAUGAGAAGUUGCUUCAGCUAUAUCCGAUACUGUGAAUGUUUGAACAUAUCUGUGGCCUUCACCUUCCUGCCCUCCCUCCCCUUUUACCUCAUCAGAAGCAGUGGCUCUGCUAAGUGCUCCCCCCACCUCCCAUCUCAGGAGACCAAAACUCACGGAAAAAUAGGCACUUUUGGCCAAAAGCACUGAUGGCACAUUUUUAGUGGUGAUUUGGACAGAGAAAGUUGACGAGAUUUUUUGAAGUUUUUCCAGCUCUGGGAAUGUGCACCUCACACAGGGGAGUGGUGGGGUUUACCUCAUUUGGUUCCUGCUAAGAAGUAUUUCCAGGAGACCGUCCCUGGGCCUCUCUUUAAUCCUGGGGUGAGAGGGAAUAUGACUCAGAGCAGAGGCGACCGUGGUCCUUGACCUUUCUCCUCCAGACCGGCACCUGCCUGCAGAUACCCUUCUGGAGCAUGGGAAUUAGCUUUUAGGGGCCACCCUCCCCACAAAACCCCACUUGACGAGGGGCAUAAAUUCCAGCUGCACUCAUUCCCCCUUGCCAUCUGAGGUCUGUCAGGUUUUGUGGCUUGAAUUUUUUGGUGGGUUUGAGUUUAAUUUUUUGUUUUCCUUUUUGAAAACGAGGACUGAUCUCCACAAUUUCACUCUUCCUGGUAAAGAUUUGGGGGCAUUUUUAUUCAGUAGAGCUUCUCUAAUCUUCCAGCUUGCUCCCCACAAACAGAUCUGCCUACAAGUUCUUAGAAUCCUAAUUCUAGGACAGAAAGUGAGCUCCCCAAGGCAGACAGUGGGUCAGUCAGCAGUCACCGGGGGCUCCAGGGUGGUGAGGAGAGAAGUCUACAAGCUCUGCUCCCAGCACGUGUCCAGAGUCUCUACUACUGGCUGAGCUUUGUUUACACAAACUCAGUUGGUUUGAACUGAUUUCACACGUGUGCGUUUUUCUCUUAGUACUUACUUGGGACUGUUACUAACCAACAGGUAGCUUUC